CGUUGGAUCGACUUCACUGGGCCUGCAUUUCAAAAGAACGCAGCAAAAGGAGGGGUAAGACAGCAGCAGUAGCAGCAGCAGUAGCAGCAGCAGCAGCAGCAGCAGCAGCAGCAGCAGUGCCCCAAAAGUAGAGCUCAACGCUGGCCAGGACUUGACAGAGGAGAUUCCGUGUCGUUUCUGUAUUCCACUCAUCUACAUACAACUUUGCUGGCGCCGUCGCUCGCCUUUUUGGUAGUCGUCGCUGCCGCUCGACGCAACGACGACCAGUUAGCGAGCCAGCUACACAGUCUGGCCCAGCCGGCCGUUGCUUGAAAACGGAUUGACGACACACCGGCGUUGCCGCCCGAAACUCGAAGGUGCAGGGCGCUUCCAGGAGCUAUGACCCCGCUAGGUUUGACAGACGCUCGUAGCGACUUGACGUAAGUGAGCUGCUUGCUGCCUGCCGCUGAAGCACGAGGUAUUAAAGUAAAUGUAGCUUACGUAGUACUAACAGCGGGUUUUCCAUACGGCGACAAUCGGAGUGCGGCUAUUUAGAAACGAAGUUGGUUCAAUUCGUGCAGGGAGCGCAUUUAAUUCAAGGGUCUCCGUGCGCGGCGUCUCGGUAGUUCUCUAACGAGCAACAAAAGUAUGCAUGCGACAAUAUCAAAGCACGACUGUUUGUGGUUUGAAUCACCCUACCAACAUUAAAGUAUUCGAAAUAGAUUAAACGGCAACUUACCCUGUGCCGCCGAACUGACCAACUUUUUUAAGCGGACAUUCGAGCGUGACAAAAUAAAACUCUAUCCUUAUUUAAUUCGGUGCAAGUGCUAAAACUAUCAGGAAUUGUACGAAACUGCGACGAAGUGAAAUUUGUUCGUGAGCAUUGGUAGAAAAGUGAUCUUGUGUAAGCAAAGAAACGUGAAAAAAAUACAAGACGCCUUCACAAUGCGGCUCGUAUUCUACUUAGCCGUUUUUGUCGGUUACUUUACACAGGAGUCUCAGUGUACAGGUAUAUUCCACCUUCGUGUACUUGAGCUUACACCACCACCCGGUGGUCCAUGUAGCUUUGCAGGUUCUUCAAACAACGGCACAAGUUCUAGUAACAGCAAGCAGAUUUCUUCCAUGCGUUCUGCUAGUUCUUCCUACAAUAUUGGCUCAUGCAAUACUUAUGUAAAAGCGUGCCUAUCAUAUGCAGGCUCUAAGGGCUGCCAACUCGGCUCGUUCGUGAGCGGGCUCUUACCAAAUAACACGUUUGAGGGUGGUUUUCCACUAGUUACGUCGUUUACCUUCGAACAGCCAUGGUCGGGCAAAUUCGAAUUAGCAUUGGAGUCUUGGCUAGCCCCAAACGGAAGCGAUGCGGUGCCUGGUGCUUCUAGUGAGAGCUUCCGUCAACGGAGUAACCGUUUGGCUCGUCGUAAAAGACCCCGAAUCUUUGUCGAAUCUCUUCGAAACGCUGCCCUUGCGGGUCUUGAAUGGGCAGCUCGUGCGAUCCUAACCCUACCUGACCGCUUCUCUAUGGGAAAACGGCGUACAGACUCAUCCGUAUCAAUCUCUCGAACAGUAGCUGACCAGCAGGGUGGAGCGCUUUUGGCCAGAUUUGUUCUCCGGAGGAGCCUUAUGGUUGCUACGACAGCAGUUAACCCAACCGGGACAUUGUCUGGAGCCGGUGCUGCAGCAGUGACGAUAACGCCUUCUUUUUCAAAUGGUGGCUUUGAUACAUGGCGCGAAGAAUCUCGGCAAGGAGCCCGCCUUUCUGUGGAGUUUCGGGUAAAAUGCGCAGAAGGCUUUACGGGAUCGACAUGUACAGAUACUUGUCCAGAACCUAACGACGUUAAUGCCAGAUUCAACUGCACUGAGGGAGGAGCCAAGAUCUGUUUAGAGGGCUGGAGCGGUAAGGAUUGCGAGCGUGCCGUCUGCCGUCAUGGAUGCAGCGUCGAGCACGGUUUCUGCAAUAAACCUGGCGAGUGUCGCUGUCGACUCGGCUGGCAGGGUGCCGACUGUACACAGUGUUCGCGAUUACCUGGCUGUGCACACGGAUCGUGCAAUACUGCUUUCGAAUGUAACUGCGAGUCUGGAUGGACGGGACUGUUUUGUCAGCGACCCAUCUGUAAAACAGAAUGCCAUCCCACCCGUGGAUUCUGCGACAAGCCCGACACCUGCUCUUGCCGAUUUGGGUGGAAAGGUCCAAACUGUGAGGAGUGCAAGCCCCUUCCAGGUUGCAUCAAUGGAUCGUGCACAAAGCCUCUCGACUGCAUUUGUAAACCUGGAUGGACAGGCCUGUUCUGUCACAUUCGUAAGUCGACCUGUUCGGUAGAUUGUGACCCGGAGCACGGUUUUUGCGAGAAGCCUGACGAGUGCCGAUGCCGCGUUGGUUGGACCGGAUCGCGUUGUUCACAAUGCGUCCCCUAUCCAGGAUGCGUCCAUGGGGGCUGCACUGAUAAACCAUGGGAAUGCAACUGUCUGCCCGGAUGGAGUGGGAAACUCUGCGACACACCGGCUCCUUCAACAACGACAGAAGUGCCUAUUAACUUUACAGCGCCUGAAGUUAAUGUUGUUACGACCAAUGGCGAUGGCGAAGGAAAGGAAAAACCACCGUGUCUAGCAAAAGUCGAUGGCUCAGUUACCUGUCCAGACAUCGAAACGACAAACGGGUCGUUUAAUUACGCAAAUCUAGCGAACUGCACCGGCGACUCGUGUGGAUCUGCAUCUCAACACGAGCUACUUUACCGUCUCUAAUUUCGUGCGAUGCGUCUCAAGACACGGUUGUGCUAUGUCAGUUUUUUUAUGUAAAUUGCGUUAGGAUGGUGUCGCUACAAUCGAAUCAUCUACAUUCAAACACCGCCGCGGGAACUCCGUUAAAACAAAUACCCUACUCAUGAGCUAAGGACAAAACGGGGGGGGGGGAGGGGUAGCUCUUCUACUUUUCUUACUUGUAUUAAGUUCAGUAACGCUUAAAAGUAAGUAAUAAUGGCAAAAUCAAUUUGGAGAGGGAAAUAAUUCCGAAUCGAACGCAACAGAGUCUGUAAACCAAGUAGACGAAGUUUCGCACAAUGGCGGUCUUGGUUCUUUCUUUAUGACCAUCACUUUUUGAACUUCAGUGGUAGAUAAAACAUAUUUAUUCAAUGAAUUGUCACCAGAUAAUUAGUUUCGUGUACUUCUGUGACGAAUUUUGGCCCAUAAGUUAUCUAUAUAACCGUACUACUCAAUUAUUUUACCAUCUGUCUAAAAAUCGCUGGCGAAGGCAUCAUGCGACAGCAGAUGAAUAAAUCACGGUGCCCCCAAGCCAGCUCAUAGCCUCAAAGUCACAGAUUCAAGUGACAGUUAUUUCUUAUUCACCAGUAUACCUAAAUUUAGGGCAAAUCAACGUAAAACUUUAGCCCUCUAUAAUUUAUAUAUAUACAAAUACAGGCAUAUGCAUAAAAUAUACAAAAGGUACAGAGGACGAGGUAAAGGACUAUAUUGUAUUUUUAUCUUUUUCCUUUACAUACAAAGUAUAUAUAUAUAUAUAUAUUAGAUAUCUUUAUGUAUAUGAUUUUAUAACGCGUAUAUGAAAAAGUAUUGUCACUCACUUGGCAAUAGUAUCGAGGUGCCUUCUCCGGCAGCUAGCGCCACCGCGUUAAGCGGAUUAUCCGUCAAAACACAAACAGAAUCAAUAAUAGAAAAACAUAGAACAACAACAAGAGGAGCACCUCGUAAAGCACACUUUUUCUAUAUCUACUUGAAAAAUGCACGGCGUCUUUUUCCUGUAAUUUAAGUUUUAUUAUCUCUGAUAAUCUAAUUCAGUUUCAUAAUUACGAACAGUACAAUUAUCAGUGUUUCCUUCUGUGUGCACUAGCGGUACAAAGUUACGAAGCAGUCGUCAUAUUAUCCUCUAUUAUAUCUAUUCCUAUGUGCACACUACGAAUGGAUAAAAAUGAAACGAGAAAUAUUUAUUAAACGCCGAAGGCUAGAUGCUCCGCUCCUGCUAUGCAUCCUGCGCCUCGUUAAUUUAUAGAGUUUGUGCGUGAUGAGUAGAAGAAAAUAUAUAUACUGUAAGAAAUCAUAAUACAAGCGAAUAAUAAAAAAUAAUUAGAUAUGUA